AGAGUGAUAUUCAAUAAAUCACAUUAUAAAAACACCAACCUUAUAAAUCCUGUGCCUUUCUCUACAUACUGCAACUUCACGCUCAAGUUUCUGACUCCAAAGUCCAAACCCAAUAUCUAUAUAUGUUUAUGUGCUGUGUUACUUUUUGAGGAAGAAUAACAAUGGCGUACAGAGCCAAUAGGACUCCCUCUAUCAGCUCUGAAUCAUCAUCAACCCCCACCACACCCGUGGGAUCACUCCCGGAAAGAAUUUUGCAUAAAAUGUUUGGUUUUGGAAAUCUUUACAGACGAAACAAGUCUCCCACUAGAAGAAGAAUUUUCCGCCGAGAUGUUGAAGAAGAAGAAGAAGAAGAGUUUCAAUAUGCAAGUACCCUUUGCUUGUCUUCAUAUUAUAGCGUGUUUGUGGUUCGUCUUGCCAUCAUGGUCAUGCUGGCAAUUUUGAUUGGAUUGUUAACCUUACUAACAUGGCAUUUUACCAGAGUUUACACAAAAAGAUCACUCAACACGCUAGCAUUCGGUCUUCGCCAUGAACUGCUGCAAAGGCCUAUACUAAGAAUGUGGAACAUCCUUAAUUCUACUGUCGAAAUAGCAACCGCUCAGGUUAAACUGUCAGAGUUUGUAAUGAGGCGUUAUAGCAAGGCUAUAAAUCAAGAACAGCAAGUUGAGCAGUUGUAUGAAGCCAUGAAGGAUGUGACGUGGGCGCUGUUUGCCAGCAGGAAAGCUCUCAAUUCGUUAACCAUCAACUACAGGAAUGGCUUUGUCCAGGCUUUCCAUAGAGAUCACAGGAGUAACAACACGUUCUACAUAUACUCUGAUCUUUCCAAUUAUUCGAUAAGUGGAACAUAUGAUGUUAGUAUGUUGUCGUCUCGUGAAGGAUGGAACGAUCAAUCUAUACAUGGCAACACAUCUGCUAUCUGGUACAGGGAGCCCCUGGAUCCUCUGUCUGGUGUCAGGAUUGGGAAACAAAGCCAAAUCCAACCAGAUGAGUUGAUCAAUAUUGCGGGCAUUUCUCAAGUGCCUGAUGGUGCAGCCUCGUGGCACGUGGCUGUCAGCAAGUACUCCGAUUCGCCACUGCUUUCUGCAGCACUUCCAGUUUGGGAUCCAUCUAAUAAAAGUAUAGUUGCUGUUGUGGGAGUUACCACAGCUCUUUAUAGUGUUGGCCAAUUGAUGAAAGAAAUCGUCGAGUUCCAUAGUGGGCAUAUAUAUUUAACCUCGCAAGAGGGCUGGUUACUUGCUACUUCCACGAAUACUCCUCUCUUGGUGAACUCCACAACAAGGCCAAAGUUGAUCAUGGCUAUUGAGUCCGAGGACCCUGUGAUACAAGCUGGAGCCCAAUGCUUGCAGGAAGAGUACGGGAACAAGAUUCCUCCCGGUCAAGAAGUCCAUAUAGAAAACGCAAAGCUUGGCAAUCAGCUCUACUAUAUUGAUUCAUUUUUCCUGAACUUAAGGAGACUUCCUAUGGUGGGAGUUAUAAUCAUUCCAAGGAAAUAUAUAAUGGGGAAGGUUGAUGAGAGGGCAUUCAAAACAUUGGUGAUAUUGAUAUCUGCAUCUGUGUGCAUCCUGAUCAUUGGAUGUGUCUGCAUAUUCAUAUUGACAAAUGGCGUUUCAAAGGAAAUGAAACUAAGGGCAGAAUUGAUAAGUCAAUUAGACGCAAGAAGGAAAGCAGAGGCAUCAAGCAACUACAAAAGUCAGUUUUUAGCAAACAUGAGUCAUGAAUUACGAACACCAAUGGCUGCAGUGAUUGGCUUGCUGGACAUUCUUAUAUGUGACGAUUGUCUCACAAAUGAGCAAUUUGCAACAAUCACUCAGAUACGCAAAUGUUCAACUGCUUUACUCAGGCUUCUAAACAACAUUUUGGAUCUCAGUAAGGUAGAAUCUGGAAAGUUAGUUCUAGAAGAGACAGAAUUCGACUUGAGUCGAGAACUGGAAGGUCUUGUUGACAUGUUCUCUGUCCAAUGCAUUAACCACAAUGUGGAAACUGUUUUAGAUCUCUCUGAUGACAUGCCAAAACUAGUUAAAGGCGACUCGGGAAGAGUUGUUCAAAUAUUUGCGAAUCUAUUAAGCAAUUCUCUGAAGUUCACGAGUUCUGGCUAUAUCAUUCUCCGGGGAUGGUGUGAGAGCCCAAACACUCUCGCAAACAGCAGGAAGUUUUCUGUCAACCAGAAGGACUCUUGGUCUGCGCCUAAAGUGAAGUUGAAGCCACACGGAAACCAUGCCAGAAGACCUUCCAAGAAAGAUAACAACAAAACUGUCCUUUGGUUUGAAGUUGAUGACACCGGUUGUGGAAUCGAUCCAAGCAAAUGGGAAUCUGUGUUUGAAAGCUUUGAGCAAGCUGAUCCCUCCACUACAAGAUUGCAUGGCGGCACUGGUCUUGGCCUAUGCAUAGUACGUACCCUGGUGAACAAAAUGGGCGGUGAGAUCAGGGUUGUGAAGAAAAAUGGAUCGGGCACUCUGAUGCAACUUUGCCUCCUACUCAACACUCCUAUAGAUGUCACAGGACAGCACGGACAUCUGAAUUUUAGAGAGCAGACAAUGACUGUUCUGCUUGCACUCAAUGGCAGAAUGGGAAGGCUAAUUAUGUCCCAGUGGUUAGAGAAAAAUGGAGUUGAUACUUGUGAAGCGUCGGAGUGGAAUGAACUGACACAAAUGCUUCAGAGGCUUUCUAAAACCAAAACCAACUCGCAAGGUGCAGGCAAUGCUAACACCUCGCUUUUUGUCAUAGUUAUUGACAUUGGCCUGCUUGACUUAAGCACAAACAUAUGGGAAGAACAGCUAAAUUUUCUUGAUAAAUACUGUGGGAAAGCAAAGUUUGCGUGGAUUCUUUACCACGACACUGCGAAUACCAUCAAAUCUGAGCUGCGGAGAAGAGGGCAUCUGUUGAUGGUAAAUAGACCGCUUUACAAGGGGAAAAUGAUUCAGAUUCUGGAAGCUAUAGUAAAAGAGAACAGCCUUGAGCUGCAAUCUGCAGUAAACACAACAGAAGAAAAUUUGCAUGAAUGCCAUGAAAUUGAUGCCAACCACUCUUGUAUUGCCAGCCCAGAUGAUUCUGACAAUUCAGAAAAUGGGAAGGAUAAAGCUGUGAACACAUUCCGUGUUGAAGAAAGGGGGAAUGAACAUUUCGCCAAAGCCUCUUCCACGUCACAAUAUGGAACACUCAACAACUACUUUGUUGACUUCACUCAAACAAAUUUGGAAGACAAUGCAUCACCUGAGGAUCAACCAAUGCAGGCAAAGAAUAGUUCGUUAGAAUGCUUGGGUAGCCCUCAUCCCAGAGAAAGUACUGUCAGCUCUAGAAAUGAAACAACCCAACAAAAAUCUCUGGCGGGGCUGACAAUACUACUUGCUGAAGAUACACCCGUGCUUCAGAGAGUUGCAACGAUAAUGCUGGAAAAACUGGGAGCAAAGGUUGUAGUUGUAGGUGACGGGCAGCAGGCUGUGGAUGCUCUCAAGUUCAUGCUUAACUCAAAAGACUGCAGAAACGAGUGGUCAAGAGAAGAAGGCAGCUCAACAACUACCCAAACCGAAGGAUCUUGUUCCCUGGCUUUCGACUUGAUCUUGAUGGAUUGCCAAAUGCCAAAGAUGGAUGGCUAUGAAGCAACGAAAGCGAUCAGAAGAUCUGAAGUAGCAACUGGUUCACACAUACCAAUUGUGGCAUUGACAGCUCAUGCAAUGUCUUCAGAUCAAGCAAAAUGCCUGGAGGUGGGAAUGGAUGCUUAUUUAACAAAGCCCAUCGACAGCAAGCUGAUGAUCUCCACAAUCCUCUCAUUAACGAAGAGCCUACAAGCUUGACUCGUCUGUCUAGUGACCAAGAGAUGCUUGGUUUUUGUAAAGAAGAAGAAGAAGAAGAAGAAGAAGAACUACAGGUGCAAGAGAAAUUAAAGAGCUGUAUGGAAAGGAAAUAAAGGGGCAAGAAUUAGACUUAUGAAUCCUGAUCUGAGUAAAAUUUUGUGCUGUACAAAUGAGUGUAACGUUAAGGACACUAACCUUGUACAUUAUUAUCUACAAAACUCAUUUCAUGAAGCCAGAUUUGAUAGUA